AUGGAAGAAAAGUGCGAUCCGAAACAGGUUUAUGGCACAAAUCUGGUGAAUUGUACAGAUAAAGGCAUUUUUGAUGGAUUCACAAAUAGUUGUGUUCAUGCAGAAAUUUUACAAUUUGAGGAUCAGGAUAAUGAAUACAAAAUGCAGAUUAUUUAUGGAGUCAUUUUACCGUUGUUAGCUGUUGGAGUUGUUGUAACUAAUAGUAUUGUGGUUUUGGUUUUGAGUCAACAGAAAACGGUGGGUUUUUCGAGCAGCUUGAGGAAUUUUAUUUUAUUUUUUGAAUUUAGUCAUAGUUAGAUCCUUAUUUGGGGAAAAAGAUCUGGGAAUUUCCAGACUCCGAGUUCAGAAAAUUUCAUCCCUUUUUUCUAUUUUUCAAAAAUCAAAAAUAUCUUGAUUCAGAUUUCCGCUUUUCGUAAAAAAAAGUGUGAUUUUUCGAGAAAAUAUCACGUCACUUUUUUGUGAAAUGAAAACAUAAAUAAUUUUGUUCAUUUUCAAAAAAUGUGAGGUUGGAAUUUUCGGGUCAGAUUAAAAGGUAGAUUUUUGAACUAAAAUUUUAGGGAAAAUGCUUCAAGUUUUAGCCUAAAUUGCUCCAAAUCAAAAAAAGAAACAAUUCACUUUUUUCAGAAACGAGCAAGUGUUGAGCCGCUUUUAUUAAUGGCUCUCAGCUCAUUGCUCAUGGCAAUCUCACCUCUUCCAUUCACAAUUUAUUACUACAAUCUGAAUCAUUAUGCCGACAAAAAUCACACACUUUUCAUGUGUUAUCUUCAAAAAGUCUGUAUGGAAUUACUUCCAUUUUUCUUCAAUCAAUUGGUCACUUUAUUCACAAUUUUCUUAGGUGAGUUUCAGAAUUGGACUAGGCAUAGAUCCCAAAAAGCCUGAUUAUAAGUCUAUUCAAAUUUUACCUUUUUCCAGGUGUUCAAAGAUUCGUCGCUGUCCAAUAUCCACUUCAAUCAAUUCGUUGGUGUACACCAAGAAAAGUUAGGCGAUAUUCGAAGCUGAUUUUAUUGACAGCCGGUUUUCUAACCGCAGUUCAUGCAGUUUAUGAUAUUCGUAUCAUUUUUCAUUUUUGUAUUAUGUAUGACGGAAAACAUGAAUGGAUUUCAAGAUGUUUUGUUGGAUAUUCAUCGUUGACUUUGGCAAUGGGAGCUGAAGAAACACUGGCGAUUUUUGAUUGGUUUAGAAUUGGAAUGGCUGUGAUAUCGAGUGGCUUGCUCUUUGUUGUGACGAUUUUGUUGAUACAAACUAUAAGGACACAUGAUUCAGUGAAACAGGGGUUCGUUUUUUUUGGGAAAGUUUUCUCCUAGAACAUAAAGUUCCUAAACUAUUCCUAGAAUUUUCCAACCUUCCCAUGAAUAAUUGAAAAUUUUUCAGAGUUCAUCGACACAAAAAUCGUCGAACAACAACGCACACAACAAUUAUGCUAACUGUGAUAAUUGUGAUUUACAUGCUUGCUCGUGCCCCAUCAACACUUCUCAUUUUACUUGUCAAAAUUAUGGAUGUCACAACAGUUCCACAAGUUGCAAUUGACAUAAUAAAUAAUGUGUAUUUGCGAGUUUUCGCGAAUAUCACAGUCAUCACACUUCAUCCCAUUUCGUUUGCUGUCUAUAUGUUUAUGUCGCGAAAGUUUCGUGUUAGCUUGCGACGACUUCUUGGAUGGCGAUUUCUGGCUUCCGAUGAUGAUUUCAAUCAAUUUACAUCGAGUACCAGAAUUCAUGCACAUCCAAAAAUGUCGAUAAUUGAGAAGGAGGACUUGUGGUAAGUCGAGAAUUAUUGAUUUUUUGCAUGAUUUUUCAAACUUCUUCUUCUCUAUGCUUUCAGUGGUGUUCGUAUUCCUCUCAAUGGUUCUUCGCUUGUCCGCGGAACUAAACGUAGAAUGUCGGUUGAUUUUAAGAUGCAAUUGGAUGUGACACCAGAACGAAGACGGAGAGCAACCACUGUUGAAGCUUUUCGAUGA